AAUUAUGAAAAUAUUUUUUAUCUAAAAAAAAAAAAAACUUUCAAAAACUUCUUCAAAAAUAAUCUCAAAAAUAUAUAUAUACAAAAAAAAAAUUGAAAAAUUUAGUCGAAAAAAAUGCCACUGGACUAUGUUCAUUCUAAGAACACCACGACUUUUAUCUUCGGAGGCAGAUCGAAAUCAUCGGCAGGUACAAUAGCAGCAGGGGCAACAGCAACAACAUCAUCAACAUCAUCAUCAUCAGGUGGAGAUUACGAACAAGCUGAGGUGUAUUUGAGGGCAUUUGAGGAUGAAGAGAACCAUUACCACCAACACUACCACCAACAGCAACAUCAAAAUAGUCGUAGCCAUGAAGUCCUUAAUCAGCAAGCAACAAUUUUUAUUGUAAAGAAACCGGCCAGCAACGGAACUCACCAUCACCACCACCAUUACCAUAACCAACAACAACAACAACAUUACCAGACAGCCCUUACACUCGAUUGCGACCGUGUGGAGCUGCUAAAGUCACCCAAUCAUCAAUUUUCGACUUCCGUUGCAGCACAAAGCUCUUCGUAUGGCAACAACAACAAAAAAACCAACGACAGGAAGCACAACAGCGAAGCAACUGAACGUCGGACUCCACAACAGCAUCAAAAUCAGAAUCACCACCACCAACACCAACACCAACAACAGCAGCAGGAUACUAACCCCCAUUCAGCAGGACAACAACGUGGAGUAGAAUCAAUAGAAAACAACAAAUUUAAAAGCACUAACCGGAGCAAUUUCAAUGGCAAGGAUGUUGAUAGAGCAUCAGCAGCAUCAGUUGCAUCAGUGGUAGUUGUAGAUUCUGCUGCUUCUGCUAGUAGUAGCAACCGCAUUAGAAGCCAUUGUGGCAAUAGCGAUACCGGCACUGAAACGGCCAGCAGUGGAAAUGGGAUGCUCUGCGGGCGUCUCGAAUGGACUGCAGCUCAAUCACUGGUCGAAUUGAAUGGCAAGGAUAAUAAUAAUAUGGCUACAGUAGUAGUUGCAACACAGGCAACAACUGUUGCACCAACACCAAUAUCAACUGCUGCUAAUAGUGCAUCUAUUCAGCCUUUGCCGCCAACAAUAUCGAGGGACCAAAAACAACAACAACAACAACAAAGGGAGCCUUCUGCUUUUGAGGAUUCACCACAUCAGCGUUUGAAGGGUGGUUACGGUGGCGCCAUGCUUACAACUGUCAACAAAGAAAAGUUAUCCAGAAUUUAUUCCAACAAUUCCUCCACCUCCACAUCAUCAUCAUCAUCGUCCUCGAAAUCCUUGUCUUUAACAGAAGUCGUCGUCGUGCCAAAACAACAACGGGCUGGAGAAACUGAAGCAUCAUUAAAAGAGACGAUAAUAACAGCAGCAUCAACCCAUGACUUGCCGGAGUUGAUGAAACGAAACGGACUUCCUCCUAUCGCCGGAGACGGUCCACCGAAUCCCAAAGUGAUCGCGGUUAGUGCCAUUAAGAGCACCACCACCAACAAUAACCGAGUAUUUCCAUCAAGGGUCGACGGGGCAAGUUCAUCAGGAGGGCAAGUGAUUUUCUAUGCCCCACCCGCACAAAAAUCCACUCCCCAACUCCUGAAGGAAGACCCUCCACUAGUAACCAUUAAAAAUGAACCCCAAUCGAUAUACCGCGAACGGAGUAUCGAAGAAACCGAAGCUGCUCACGACUUGCUCUCACUCUCUCAGAGCUUGCCCCCUUUGCCCGCCCCGUGUGUCGUUACAAUUCUACAACAAGACAACGGUAUCCCCAAUUAUGUCGUCACACAUGCUCCCGUCAUGCAAGAGAUCUCGAAUUCUUCCAACAGUGACUAUCGUCACCAUCAUCAUCACCAGAACCAUCAUCAUUCGGCCAAUAGUGGCACAACCAAGUCAAUUGCAACAUCAUCCAAAAUCCGCUACAUCAGUAGUUCUUAUGAGAGCAACAAUACCGAAAACUGCUCACCGCUAACGCCGCCAAACUCCGACCAUUCCUCAGAUGUUGAUAUUGAUAUGUCAUCGUCAUCAUCCACCUGUUCGGCCUUGACCUCAUCAUCGGAGUCGUCUAAUCGUGGAGGAGCACAAAGCCUCUGGGGCACGGAGUUACUUAAAGUCAAGAAGGAGAAACCGAUGAUAUCGUCGAUGACAGAUGGGCGCUCCAAGGGUCGCAAACCCAUGAAUAUUGAGAUUUAUUCAAAGAGGAAACGUGGGAUUUACAAGUGUAACGACUGUAACAGGCAGUAUGCAACUUCGAGUAAUUUGUCCCGUCACAGACAGACUCACCGUAGUUUGGACUCUCAGUCGGCCAAAAAGUGUAAUACAUGUGGAAAAGCGUAUGUGUCAAUGCCGGCUUUGGCUAUGCAUCUUUUGACCCAUAAACUGUCACACAGUUGCGAAAUUUGUGGUAAGUUAUUCUCAAGACCCUGGCUUUUGCAGGGUCAUUUGCGUUCGCAUACUGGAGAGAAGCCGUAUGGCUGUGCCGAUUGUGGUAAGGCCUUUGCUGAUAGGUCAAAUUUGAGGGCUCAUAUGCAAACCCAUUCGGGUUGUAAGAAUUUUAAGUGCGAUCGUUGUAAUAAGACUUUUGCCUUGAAGUCGUAUUUGAAUAAGCAUUUGGAGUCGGCAUGCCAAAAGGAUCAGAGUGGUAGUGAGAAUAGUUGUGAAGACAACGACGAUGAUAUUAUUGUCGCGUAAUCCCAAGAACAGUGACGCAGCUCUAAACACUCAAUCAAAUAUUAAAAAUAGAAAAAAACAGAAUAUGAAAAUAAAUUUUGAUUAUUUUUAAAUUUAAUAAAAAAUUUAAAAAAUGGUACAUGGAAUAAACAAACGAAUAAAAUAUACAAGAAAAAAUAUUUCAAUAAAAGAAAACUUACUUUUUUCCAACAAUAGUAAUAUGCUUGAAAGUACGAAAAUUUAAUUAAAAUUUUUCUUUUUAAAAACAUUUUUUUUUUUUUUAACUCUUCUUUCAACUUAUUUCAAAAACAAAAUUAAAUAAUAUUUAAACAAAAUAAAUCCAAUUUCCUUCUAUAUAGCAAAAAAAAAAAUAUAUACGUACUCAAAAAUGAACAUGAAAAUAUGGAAAUGAAAAUGAAUAUAAGAUGAAUUUUUUUAAAUUUCAUUUGAAUGAUAAUUAUAUUGAAAGAAUAAAAAAAAAGGAAAAACACAAAUAAAAACAUAUAUACUCACUCAAGUGUAUAAUUCUUUGAUGUAAAUGGAAUGUAAUGGAUUACAUGUUUAUUGUAUGUAAGGCAUUAAAAACAAAAAAAAAAACUAUAAUACUAUAUACU